GCGGGGGCAAGUGUCAGUCAGGGCAGAACACGGCGCGGGCAGCGGAGACCCGUGGCACACAGGCGUCCGGGCUGGAACGAGGCCCGCCGAGAUGGAGUUCCUGCUGGGGAAUCCGUUCAGCACCCCUGUAGGGCAGUGUCUUGAGAAGGCAACGGAUGGCUCCCUGCAGAGCGAGGACUGGACACUGAACAUGGAGAUCUGUGACAUCAUCAAUGAGACAGAGGAAGGGCCAAAGGAUGCCAUUCGUGCUCUGAAGAAACGGCUCAGCGGGAACCGGAACUACAGAGAAGUAAUGUUGGCCCUGACGGUGCUGGAGACUUGUGUGAAGAACUGUGGCCAUCGCUUUCACCUCCUUGUGGCCAACCGAGACUUCAUCGACAGCGUUCUGGUCAAAAUUAUCUCUCCCAAGAAUAACCCUCCCACCAUUGUCCAGGACAAAGUGCUUGCUCUAAUUCAGGCAUGGGCAGACGCCUUUAGGAGCAGUCCUGACCUCACGGGUGUUGUACACAUAUAUGAAGAACUGAAGAGGAAGGGAGUUGAGUUCCCCAUGGCAGACUUGGAUGCUCUGUCUCCUAUCCACACACCCCAGCGGAGUGUUCCAGAAAUGGAUCCAGCUGCCACCAUUCCCAGGUCCCAAUCACAGCCCAGGACAACUGCUGGCACCUAUUCCUCACCUCCUCCAGCUUCCUACUCUACUCUACAGGCCCCGGCUCUGAGUGUGACGGGCCCCAUCACAGCCAAUUCAGAACAGAUUGCUAGGCUGCGCAGUGAGCUGGACAUUGUUCGGGGAAACACAAAAGUCAUGUCUGAGAUGUUAACAGAAAUGGUCCCUGGGCAGGAGGAUUCUUCUGAUCUGGAACUACUACAGGAGUUGAACAGGACCUGCCGAGCCAUGCAGCACCGCAUAGUAGAGCUCAUCUCCCGAGUGUCCAAUGAGGAGGUCACCGAGGAGCUCCUGCAUGUCAACGAUGACCUCAACAACGUCUUCCUUCGCUAUGAGAGGUUCGAGAGGUACAGGUCCGGCCGAUCCGUUCAGAAUGCCAGCAAUGGAGUACUAAGUGAAGUUACUGAAGACAACUUAAUAGACCUGGGCCCAGGCUCUCCCGCUGUGGUGAGCCCCAUGGUGGGAAGCACCGCACCCCCAUCUUCUCUCUCCUCCCAACUCGCAGGCUUGGACUUGGGGACAGAGAGUGUCAGUGGCACCCUCAGUUCACUUCAGCAAUGCAAGCCACAAGAUGGUUUUGACAUGUUUGCCCAGACCAGAGGAAACUCCUUGGCCGAACAGCGAAAGACGGUCACCUAUGAGGAUCCCCAGGCUGUUGGAGGACUCGCUUCUGCACUAGACAAUCGGAAACAGAGCUCAGAAAUGAUUCCCGUUGCGCAGCCCUCUGUCAUGGACGACAUUGAGGUGUGGCUCAGGACAGACCUGAAGGGCGACGACCUAGAAGAGGGUGUCACGAGUGAAGAGUUCGAUAAGUUCCUGGAAGAACGAGCCAAAGCUGCAGAAACAGUUCCAGACCUGCCCUCACCCCCAACAGAGGCCCCUGCACCAGCCACAAACACUUCAAACCGGAAGAAGCCAGAGCGGUCUGAGGAUGCGCUCUUUGCCUUGUGAGCUGUCCUGUGGUUUGCCUCGCCCUGGCAGGUCACUUCUGACCCUCCCAGUGGACACUGGGCACUGGCCACUCCCCCAGCCUGCAUACCUGUAUCUCCAUGGAAACGCCACUGUGUUUGCACCCAGGCCACCCUGGUCAGGACCAGCUUUGCCAUCUUCUCUCUGGGUGGCAACAGCAGCACUGACCAGAGGCCCUGCCCUCCGUCUCCCUGAAGGCUCCUGUGGCCUUCAGCCUUCCCAGGAAGAACCAGUGGCGUAGUGCUGGGCAGGGUAGCCCCAUGACACUUUCUGGACAGAACUCCUGAACUGACCCCUCAUCUCCCCUUCCUGUUUCUGCCUAGCUCCAUGGCUUCCUUCCACUGGACCCCCUUCUUCCGUCAAGGACUCUGGAAUGCAGGGCUCAAGUGUUUGUAACUACAGGCUUGGUUUCCCUCCUCAGACCGUGUGGUACCUAUGGCACUUAGUGUGUGUACUUGAGUAGGCUCCCUGGGUUACUACCUUGAAGGUCCCUCACGUCCCUUUCCCCAUAAGUCAGCUGCCAGGCCUAGGACCAAGACAGGGAUCUGUGGCUCUUGGUGUGACAGCAGCAAUGAGGCCAACAUGUGCCCUGCAGAUGGUAGACAGCUUACUCCAGGCCUGACAUGCACACUCACAUUCAUACCUGGCCCUGGUGUCUACAAAGGGUUAUUUGCUAAAGCAACAUGACUUUAAUGCAACCAUGACUAGACUUUGCCUCCAGCAGUCUCCACAAGCUAUCUCUAGGCUCAGCAGGAGGUGCUGUGUGCUGUGCCUGGAGGUUCCAGAUGACCCAGAGCCAUACUCCUCUCCUCUCCCUCAUGACGUCAGCCUUCAUUGCUGUCCCCACCUCACAUAUUCCCCAGCCAACAAUUUCAUUCUGAAGCUUGCUAACAGCCUCGAUCUGAGCGAAUGAGAGCUGGUGAUACCUGCCCCUGUCCUGUGUCUUUGUUGGUUUGUUUCCUGGCUCUGAGCAAAUGACUCAGUGCCACGUUAAUCUUAGUCUAGCUGCUGUUGCCUAGAAAAAGGAAAUUGCUGCUGCAGCUGUUACUACAUACUAUGCAGGUCACCAUAUUUCCUCACCCACUGUUAGAAGGGCCCAGUGCUUUACCUGUUGCCAUUCGAGCUCCCACCCCAGUAGGGAGAGGGGGCUGGGCUGCACUUGCAGUCAGAUCAGUGUGCAUCAAGGUUCUGUGCAGCUCUGAGGAAGGGGCUACAGCCCUGGCUGAAAACAAAAAUGGCCUUCCCCAGGCCCAACCCAGCACCUCUCCUUCAGCAGUCUCUGGAAGGUCUGGCGAGGACUUAUCUGGUAGGACCUGUGGAGGAUGUCAUUCUAGCUUUCGAAGGGCAUCCAGGAAGCCCCUCCUACAGGGAGAUCAGCUGACCUGCUAAGUGGCCAGCUCUCUCUGAGCACCUGGCUCACCUCCACCCUCCAUUCAGGACCCUUGGCCAACCAGAGCUUCUCUCUCAAUGUUUCCCAAGGGCAGAGCCCUCAAAGGCUAGCUUGGCUGCUAAGGCCUCUGAAGGCUGGUCACACCAGAGGAGUCUGGGGAGCUCAGUAUACCUGGAAGCUUGGCCUUUGGCACAGUUAUAGAAGGGUUGUCUGUGAGGGUCAGCUGCACACAGCCUACAAGAGUUGGCCAUGUGGGCAGUAGCAAUCAUGCCAGUGCCUCUGAAUUAAGAGGCUGCCCCCUGUUUAUGAAUGAUAUAGGAAGGAAGAUAGGCUUCCAUCAGGGAGAGAGACCGAUGUGGGGGCCCACCCUGGGGGUCCCCAACAAGGUCGUUCCUAGCACCAGUGUCCAGAGCUGUCCCCUGACCUCCUGACUGCAGCUGCUGGGUCUUGCUGAAGCUGGGUUGCUGUGGGGACAGCAGGUACUCAAGGACUACCACCAGCCAUCAAGAGGCUACCUUUCUGGCUGGGAGCAGCCCAGCUGAUGGUUUGUGUUCUUCACAUUGUGUCUGGAGGUAGUCUGCCUUACUUGUGGGCUGAAGUGACAUGUGUCUGAGGCCUCUACCAGAAGCAAGAUUGGGCCUGGGGGCCUGGGGGGGGGCUGAAGGGGUUCAGCUCUUGUGAACUGUCCUGUCCUGAGGACUCUUUCCUACCUGUUCUAGGCCUACCAUCUGUGGGCAAAGUCCUUAGAAGCUGGGCCCUCUCAAGCCAGCAGCCUCUACAAGUGUUAGAAAUCACAGAGAGUGUGUACUUAAUUACACUAAAUUAUUGCCGGGGCUCCUCAUAAGCACUAAUUACACCUGAUUAUAGGUUAAAAUAUUUAUUUUGUCAAAAUAUUUUCUUGAGGAUGUAUUUAACCUUUUCUUGUUCAUUGUGUGCUGAAGUGUGAAGACUGCUUCUUCCUACCUUUUUGGCUGUCAGGCAACAGUGAAGGAAAGUCACCAGAUGCCCUAGAGUGACCUCUGCCCAGGUACCAAGAAGGCAGGCUGGAGUUGGGCCGAGAAUCGACAACUUGUUUAUCUGUACAUGGUCAUGGGGGUUUGGAGCCAAAAGAGCUUCUUGGUAGCUGUGGCCAGAUCUAGCUUCCACUUACUCUGUCAACCCCUCAGUGUGAGUGACUGUGACUUGGCUCAUUACCCUUGUCCUCCCCACCUGGCCCAUGCUGUCUGCCACGGCACUGCUCGGCCCGGAAAGUGGCGGCUGGGCCCUAGUGGCCCAGGAGCAGUAGCGCCUUUGUUCUACCACAAAGCUUCCCUGCCUCUGUCCAUCUGUCUCUCAGAUGGCUCAGGACAGGCCAUGGGCACUCUGGGGGCCAGGUCAGCCCUAGGUGGCAGGAAGGGCAGAAUGAGGGCCUUGGUUCCUGCCCGUCCCGUCUGCAGCCUCCCUGUGGUCUGCUGUUGGGCUGCCUGGGGUCUCCCUGUGUGCUCAGCCACACAGGAGGCCAGUAGGGGAAUAUGUCUCCUCUUGGAAAGCCUCCCUUGGUGGCCCUCUGGAACCUACAUAGCCCAGUGCCCAUCCCCAGCCCUCCUUGUUCAUGGGGUCUAAGCUAGGCUUCCCCUGGCUCCCAAGAACAACUGUCACCCUAUGUCCUAACUGCUCCUGUCACACUGACACCCUCAGACUCUGGGAGAGCUGGGGUGGAAUUUCUUCCUAAAGUUUGCACUUCCCUUGUGAGGAUCUGAGGAUCUUUGGAGCUGCUGAAAAGAUGGUAUUGUUUGUUACCUGUUGUCUCUAUUGUUGGCAAAUCGGAUUCUUGUCCCUGUCCUAUGUUCUGUGGGUAGAGCUGGUUCUGGAGGGUGGCUCAGAGUGACAGCUAGUGUGCCCCACCCCCACCCCACUGGCUCUACUUCCAAACACUGUCUCUAAUUUGUGUUCUUGCAUGUAAAGUACUCUACAAUAAAUAGUUGAACUAGCC